AUGGCAAAACAGGAGCAAAAGCAGGAGGAGCAUGCAAUCAUCAACCCUCUGCAGGAAGACAAGGAUUUGGACCCUGGAUCUGAUGACCUCGAGGCUCCUCUGCCUCUUACCGUCACUUCCCGGGUCUUGUAUAUGUUGGGUGACAUUGCAUCUGGACCGGCCUUUAAAAUCACUCAAUGGCUGGAAUUGGUCCGUAAACGCAGUUCCAAACACCAUGCCUCUGGCUUCCCUCGCCGCCCGUUAAGAGUGGACUCAAUGCCUCCUAGUGCAGGAGAGUCUAGUGAGGAAUGGAAAGGCCCUGCGUCGCCUGAGCAUACCACAGAAGUCAAUCUCUGGGAAAGACUUGGUAAAGCUGCUACAUUGGACAUUGAGUCGAGUCUUUUCUCAUGGGAUUGGCUUUCUUCACUUCACCACACAGAACACAGUAGUAGCACUGAUCAGUCUGAGGAUGAAAUGAACAAAGCUCUGGAGGUGAUUGUGAAUUCAGGGGGAGUUGUUUUCUUUGCCCUUUUCAACCAACCAGGGACGGAUGAUAAUUCUUCUAAAGAAGCAGCGGCUUGUAUAAAGAUAUCAUCAUCAAGAAUGGCCACACAGUCUGAACGUCUAGGUUACGAAUUUGCAAAGUGGCUUGGAGUUCGAACUCCACAGGCCAGAGUCAUACAUAAUUGUAGUAUGGAGUGGCUCCAGAUGAAGGAAGCCACAGAGAAAGCAAGAGAAGCAGCAGUUUCAGAAGGAGACGAAUGUGGGGAAAUGACAUGUUCGGAACUUUUGGAAGCUCUUGAACUUAGCCGAUGCCUUUUGCUCAUGAGCUAUGUUCAUGGAUCUCCUUUACUCGAAAGCUCAAGUGUAUUUGAGGCGAAGGAAACUGCAGAAAAAACAGCAGCUUCUCUUGGUAGGAUUUUGUUGUUGGACCUUGUCAUCAGAAAUGAAGAUAGACUACCUUGUCGUCAGCUCAGAUGGCGUGGAAAUUCUGCAAAUCUAUUGUUUGCAGACAAAAUGGACUUUGGAAAUAUGGACAGAUUGGAAGAAGCAUUUGAUUCAGCCAUCAAGAGAUACAAACCAAGAGUGAUCAGAGCUCUUCAAAAGGAUAGAAGGGCAACUUCAGUAGAUAUCAGAUUGCAUAAUGCAGGAUUGGCAACACAGAAAUCUGAUCUUUCAGACAUUAUGGAGUCGCCGAGGUCUAGUCAAAUGAGCGUAAAGAGUCAAGUCUCAGAUGAUUUAAUGUUUUCUGAUUUUCCAGUUGUGGCUAUUGAUUCUGGCGUUCCUCGUCGACCUCCUGCGGGAAAACGUGCAAAUGACCAGGAAAUAUACCCAAAGUUGGUUGAGUUACUACUGAACAAUUCUGAAUACUCCUCUAAUCUGUUACAUGAGAUAACAUUAGGGAAAUUAGGACGUCCUCUGCUACAAGAUACUGAUGCAUCUGAUACACAAGCAAUGGAUAUCACUUCAGUUGUUAAAGAAUUCCGUAGUGGGUUCAAACGUGCUCUUAGGGAUCUGCAGGGAUUCCAUAUCUUUCUGCUCACACUUCAUCAAAAACUGGACAAUUUGAUACGUAUAUUUUUCAAUAUUAUAGAUAAAGUAGGGGAGUCUGAGAAAGAGGAUUUGGUAGUUACUGAGUCUCCAUCACAAGCUGCUGGAACUGGUUGUUUUCCCUCUACACCAUGUAAGGAGAGGCUUGUCAAUGAGAACCAGUCAGAUUUUAGUGAUUCUGAAUUGCAGAGAACUGCUACAAGGUCCUCAACUUCGGGACUUAAAGAAAACUGUGACUGCAGCUCUCCCAUGUCAAGGGAGAAUUGGCACGGAAAAUUAUGGAAAGGGAGUGCAAGUUCAGAUCCCCUCCGUUGUCUGCGCUUGACAGCAAAGCUCCGGGACUUUCAUAAAAAUGCCAAGGUUGAUGCUGAAACGAGCAAAGAAUUGGAACAGUGGAAUGAAAUGCUAAAGAGCGAUGCCGUCAAACUUUGCCAAGAGAACAACUUUAGUGCUGGCUUCUUUGAGGGUAGUGACAAUAACGGCGUAGUUGAUGCUUAUGAAUUGAAGGUCAGACUUGAGCACAUUCUCGAGAGAAUUUCAUUGAUAUCAGAGGCUGCAAAUACAGAGAGGCCAUCUCGAAUCACAAAUAGCCUGUUUAUUGGUGGAGCACUUGCUGCACGAUCUGUGUACACACUGCAAAGCUUAGGAAUCACUCAUAUAUUAUGUUUGUGUUCCAGUGAGAUCGGACAGUCAGAUUCUCAGUUUCCUGAUCUAUUCGAGUACAAAAAUUUCUCCAUAUGUGACAGUGAAGAUUUCAACAUCACCAACAUCUUUGAUGAAGCUAUUGAGUUUAUUGAUCAUGUUGAACAAACAGGAGGGAAGGUCCUAGUCCAUUGCUUCGAGGGAAAAAGUAGAAGUGCUACGCUAGUGCUUGCAUACCUAAUGCUCAGAAAGAAUUCCACUCUGUUAGAAGCAUGGAACGCUCUAAAGCUGGUUCAUCGCCGAGCACAACCCAACGACGGGUUUGCAAAGAUCUUGUUAGAUUUGGAUAAGAAACUGCAUGGUAGAGCUUCAAUGGAGUGGCAACAGCGGAAGCCAAUGAUGAAAGUUUGCCCCAUCUGUGGGGUGAGUGCGGGUCUGAGUAGCAGCUCACUUAAGCUUCAUCUACAGAAAUCACAUAAGAAACUAUCCUCCGGUAGCGUGGAUAGUGCAAUGACAAUGGAAAUACAAAAGGCUUUGACAGCACUCAAAAUCACUCGAGGUGGAAGUGUCAGCCCCACACAAAGAUCACAUUCAGAUGUUGAAGAUUAGGGAUUUCCAAGCUUCUUAUUAAUGUUUAUUGAGGUUGAUCAUUGUUGUAUGUGUGCAGUAGAGAUGAUAUAGUAAGUAGUCUUGCCAGCAAGGAGCCUUGUCUCGGUGUAAACUAGGAGUGCAUUUGAUGUACAUGAACUUCUAUGCUUCAAGUAAAAAUGUAUCAUGAACAAAUGAGCUGAUUACAUUUUGAGCAAAUCCCUCUUUGGCCCCCAG